UCAAACAAAUUCCGGAAUGUAAACCCCGGAAUGAUGAUGCUCAGUGGCUGUCCGUGGAAAUGAUCUCAGCCAACACUAUGUUUAUAAGCCCUGAGGAGGAGGCCCUGAUUGGUCGAGUGUUUGAAAACUAUCUGAUGGAGCAUCAUCAUGGUGACAUUCUUCAGCUUAGUACUGAUGUAAAUGAAGACACUCAUCGCUCUGUUGUGGUUAACGCCAUGACACUUUUUGAAGCCAAUAUGGAGGUUGGGGAUUAUUUCAAUGCAUAUCCAAAAGAUGUCUUGGCUGUAUUUGAUAAAGUAUUACGAAAAAAAGCUUCAGAGUUAACAGAUGAGGCUUCUCUCAAAGAGAAAGGACAUGGAGCAGGUCAGAGAAGCCUGAAGCAGAUAUAUCACACCCGCAUUACAGGUCUGCCAGUGUGUCCGGAACUAACCAGACAUACCAUUCCAAGGUCCAGAGAUGUGGGUCACUUUUUGUCUGUUACUGGUACUGUCAUACGUACUAGUGUGGCUAAGGUUCUGGAGUUUGAGCGUGAUUACAUGUGUACAAAGUGCCGACAUGUUUUCAAGGUGCAGGCUGAUUUUGACCAGUUCUACACCUUCGUCCAGCCGGUGGGCUGCCCAAAUCCUGCUGCCUGUAAUUCCUUUACUUUCAGCUGUCUCUCUGGAGGGUCAGAACCUGCUGUCUGCAGGGACUACCAGGAAAUUAAGAUACAAGAGCAAGUUCAGAGGCUGUCAGUGGGCAGUAUUCCUCGUUCCUUAAUGGUAGUGCUGGAGGAUGACCUGGUUGACAGCUGUAAAUCAGGAGAUGACAUAACGGUUUAUGGUGUAAUGUAUCUCCGCUGGAAGCCCCUUUAUGAUGGUUCCCCCUGUGAUGUGGAGUUAGUCCUCAGAGCUAACAACAUAGAGGCAAAUAAUCACCAGACUGCUGCUGUUCUGAUGGUAAAAGAUAUUCAGAAAGAAUUUGAAGAGUUCUGGGACAGCUACAAGCAGAAUCCACUGGCUGGUAGGAAUGAGAUCUUGUUAAGCCUAUGUCCGCAGGUUUUUGGCAUGUAUGUAAUUAAGCUAGCUGUGGCGAUGGUGCUGGUGGGUGGAGUCCAGAGAAUAGACUCUUCUGGGACCAAAGUUAGAGGAGAAUGCCAUUUGUUGCUGGUUGGUGAUCCUGGUACAGGAAAAUCUCAGUUUCUGAAAUAUGCAGCCAAGAUAAUAUCCCGAUCUGUACUUACAGCAGGAAUUGGAUCAACCAGUGCAGGUCUGACGGUUGCUGCAGUAAAGGAUGGAGGUGACUGGCACCUGGAAGCUGGAGCACUUGUCCUGUCUGAUGGUGGUUUGUGCUGCAUUGAUGAAUUCAACAGCAUCAAAGAACAUGAUCGAAUCAGCAUUCAUGAAGCGAUGGAGCAGCAGUCAAUCAGCGUAGCCAAAGCUGGGAUGGUGUGCAAGCUAAAUACUCGAACCACCAUUUUGGCAGCUACCAACCCCAAAGGACAGUAUGAUCCCAGUCAGCCUCUCUCUGUGAAUGUGGCUCUGGCCAGUCCUUUGCUCAGCCGGUUCGACUUGGUUCUGGUUCUGCUGGACACCAAAAAUGUUGAGUGGGACCGCAUCAUCUCUUCUUUUAUUCUUGAGGACCGAGGAACUCCAGCUGAUGCCAGUGGGCUCUGGUCCAUGGAGAAAAUGAAAACUUAUUUUAGUGUGAUUAAACACCUUCAGCCUCAGGUGUCUGAAGAAGCCAACUGCAUCCUGACUCGUUAUUACCAGCUGCAGCGUCAACGAGAUGGUCACAGUGCCGCCCGCACAACUAUUCGUAUGCUGGAGAGUCUGAGCAGACUUGCUGAAGCACAUGCCCGGCUCAUGUACAGAGAGACUGUUACUAUCGAAGAUGCCGUUACAGCCGUGUCAGUCAUGGAGUGCUCCAUGCAGGGUGGUGCUUUGCUGGGAAAUGUAAACUCUUUGCUAACAACGUUCCCCACCCACCCCCUUCAGCAGUAUCAAACCCAGUGUCAGAUACUCCUAGAGGGACUGAACCUGCCUGAGCUUCUUCAAAAUGAGAUGGAGCGGCUGGCCAGGCUGCGGAGCAACACCCCAGAGGCUGGUAUGUGUGACCUGUCUUUUUCUACAGACCAGCAUCAACUACAAGGUUCAGACUCUGAAACCUCCAAUGACCUAAAGAGCUGUGUAACAGUGAAGACUUGUUUGGACCAGCUUCCUGCCACAAAUCCCUCACUGUCCCCAGAUGAUGUCAUCCUACCCAUCAUUACAUCAACCCCAGAAAACAUAAAUAAUGCACCAAACAACAGCUGGUCAGUAUCAUCAGCACUGAGAGCAGAGCAAAGCGGAGUUAUAGAAAAAGAACAGAGACGCCUGCCUGAGAAGAACAACAAUAAUGUUUUGCUAAGUGAAAAGAUGGCGGUCGAAGAUGGAAAAUUUACAGACCUGCACACAAAACUGUCAGCUUUUAUUUUCAAACCCCGUGAUAGGAAACAAACUGACCACAGUGGUAAUAAAGCAGAAACAUUAAGAGAAAAAAGGACAAAUAUGCAGAUGUCAGUUACGGCUAGUCACGAUGACUUGCCACAAGCAAAGAAAAAGAAACAAAUGGAAAAGCUAAAUAAUGGAGAAUCACAACACUGCACAACCAAACCUACACCGGCCCAGACUAAUUUGGAAAGAGUUCCUCAUGAAACAGAAAUGUCCAAGUGCGAACUAAAGCAGUCGGACCUUUCUCAUGUUCCAAACCAACAUGCAAAACCUGUAAGCAACAGUGAGGUGAACAUGAGGAAAAGGAAAUGCUUUAAUCUGGGCCCACCACUACAUAAUGAUGGGUCUAAGCCGUUCCGUUCAGGUUUUUCUUUUUCUGGUCUUACUGACUUUUCUAGUGACGUCCUUGACACCGACUGGAACCAAGAAAUCUCAAAAACCACCAAAGCCUGAGGUCAAAGACUGUCCGGAUAAAUGGUAUAGUGAGGAACUGAGCUUAUUUAUUUGUCUUAAAAAACUUCAUGGUUCAAGAGGAAUUGUACAUGUUUUGUUUUUUUGUAUUUAAAAUUUUGAGCAGAGGCUGAUCAAUCGCUUUCAUUUGAGAAAGAAUUGUGAAAAAUAAUGAAAAAGAAAAAAAGUUUUUCUUCUGAACUUUCUUUUUGGAUUUCUUCUUUUGACCGAUGAGGAAAUGUUGCUUAACACGUUUGCUCUAAUCAAACAUAAAAAUUGAGACAGCCAUGUUUGGACAGCCAUGUUUGAUUUUAAUUUAGACAUUUAAAAUUUUCAUAACACCAUCAAGAAUUUGAAAGUCAUGUCUGUACUGUGCCUUUUCGGCUUCAUAUCGACUCCUUACUGCAGCUCAAGGAAGCAAAACCUUUUUAUUGCAUUAAUGCAAAAAUAAAGUCAACUGACAUCGCCAGGAAAGUGGCAAAAAAAAUAAAAUAAAGCUUGAAUGAUCUUUAAAUCCCAGUUUCUGAUUUUGUCUUUGUCACUGAAGUGAUAUGAAGACACUAUCUGCAAAGAUGUCAGCUUUCUACAUAAAGUAGAAAAACAUUGAAGAAUAAAUAGGUGUUGGGUUCAUUAGGAGCAUUAUUUCUAUGUUCAGUUUCUUUUUAUAAUUUUCACAAUGGUGGAGGACCUUUACUGAGUCUCUUUAUUUCCUAUGAUAUUAAGCGACUGUUUAGCUUUCUGUUGCGUUUCUUCUGGUGGUUUUGUAGGGUUUUUUUAAGGUUAAUUUGUAUUGUACAGUGCUUUGUGAUUUUAUGUUUGUGACAAGCACUAUAUAAAUAAAAUGACUUACUUUGAGACUAUUGGGUACAAUAUCUCAACAACAUUAAAUAAUGACAGAGAAAAGUCAUUGCUAACAUAUAAACAAAUAUAGUUUUUGAUAUGUUCGUCAACAGCACAAGUAACAGCACAAAGCCUGUUACUUCAGGCUUUGUAGAAUAUUCUAAAUGUAAUUAUUUCAAUUCUGUAGUCUGAGGAAAGUGUUACACAAUCACUUGACCUGGAUGGGAUUAAUUUGGCCUCUUAUAGUGUAAUUUACUUCUGGUUAUUUUUAUUUUUACCAGGAUAUAUCAGUUAAAUCUCUUAUUAAACAAGAAUCUAGGAUUUCCUUUCGUCAUCUUUGAGAUAUCGCCGACAUUAGAAUGAUCCUACCCUGGAACGAUGCUGAAAAACUAAUCCAUGUAUUUGUUACUUCAAGGCUGGCUGACUCUUUUCCAUUAGGAAGUCCACACAGUGCAGUUAGAAGCCUUCAGCUAAUCUAAAAUGCUGCAGCAAGAGUUCUGAUGAAGCUGCUAAUGCAUUACACCACCCAAUCCAACCCACCCCACCCCACCCAGUCUACCACUGCAGUCAGGUGCAGUGCAGUGGGAACAAGGGGAGGGUACCAAACAGACUAGAACCACCUCUGCCAGCAGGCAAGGUGGUUGAAGUGUCCUGUCAUGAUUUUGCCAAAGAUUUUUAUGGAAAUUUAAUUUUAAUUAUCGGCUUUAUUGUUUCUAACAGCCUUUUUCUCUUUCUGUUGAUGACACUGAGUGAAAAGAAACUCAACUCCAGUGCUCUCCACUGACACUCAUUUCCUUAGGGUAAUGCCCAGCGCACACUACACAAUCUUAAGAGUUGUGGGUCAAUUGUUGGUCCAUUUUCAAAACCUGAGAGAUCACACAUUAGCCGACAGAAAUCCUAGGUAUAACUGUUCGAUCCGGUUCGAUCGUCAACAAUGUGCACAAAAUAAUGGCUACAAGUCCAGUUAACUCAUUUUAAAACCAGGCAUCUCUAUUUAAAGUUAAUGAUUUACAGAAGGGCAAUAUAGUUUACAGACUUCAUAAUCUACACUCUUGUAGUUGAAUGCAGUAUUUAUUUCCACUUUGGCUUCAUGUAGUUUAGUUUUAUUCAAGUAAAUUUUUUGUUAAUGGAGACUGAGAAUCCUUUUUGUUUUUGGUUGUUUUGUUUAUUUUGUGCAUCAGUUCCGGUGUUAAGUGUUCUUUUGAAAAUAAAAUGUAUCCAACUUUGGCAGGACAGUGUAUGCAUUAUAAUGUCAUUUCCAUUAAAUCAGUGUGAAAAGGUCUUCAAACAAUAUUAUUGUUUGUUUAAUUAUUUUUGAGAUAAUUAAUCACUCAGCAAAAUUUGUUAUCAUGACAGGCCUAGCUGUACUUAAAUAUGUCCUUUCUUUU